CAAACGGCGCCCCCACCCCUUUCACGCGUCUGCCCACAUCCCUCACCGCUCUAACUCGCCGAAAAACUUAGCAAACCGGCCGAGUUCACUCAUCCCAGUCCCCAUGGUCCCCCCUCUACUCCCCUCUCCUUCCUCCACGUGUCCGUAAUCAUGAAGAACGCGUUUUCUCCUCAUUUUUUUUUAUUUUAUCUUUUUUAGGCAAAAACGGAAAAAUGGGAGGCGUAGGAUUGAGUUACACUCGAUCUACUCCAUCCAUCUGUCCUUGAUUUCCACAAAAAGAGAUAAAAUUCGAAUUUUGUUUUUGGGAUUUUUUGGAGAAGAUUUUCGGUUUCUUGGAGAGGAAGGAAGGAGAAGCUUCUAGGCUUCCUAUAAAUAGGGGAUUUUUGGACAGUCCGAAGGGGUUUUUUUGAAAAAAAAAACUAGGGUUUUAAUAUUGGAUUUCCAGAUUUCUCUUCGGAUUUUCGGUUUUUCAUAUAUAAAAGAAACAAAUCAGUUUCUUCUAGGGGGAUUUUACAAAAAGUCAAAAAAUACGAAAAAAUCAGUUUCUUCUUCCGGAUUUUUGUUCGAAAUGGAGUUAAAGCCGAAUGGAUGUUCGAAUUUUUGAAGUCGUUGUUCGUGUAUUUGGUCGUGGCUCAUUGUCUCUGCUUGAAGAUCUGUUUGAAUUUCUCCAUUCCGGAUUGGCUUGACCUUGCUCGAUUCAGUGCCGCAAUUAAUAGAUUUUGUUCAUUGGAAGGUUAAUCUCAGAUUUGCUGAUCGAUACAUACAAUGGCCGAUCGAGUGCACCCAGUGGAUAUACCAUCGACGAGCAAUCCACCGUCGUCGAACAACUCCGGUGAAGUAGUAUCACCAAAACAACCGCCAUAUCCAUCGCCGGCGAAGCCUGUCCCACCGCCGCCGGGAACUUACGUAGUUCAAGUGCCGAAGGAUCAAAUCUACAAGUAUCCUCCGCCGGAGAAUUCUCGUCGGUACGAAUCUCUCACAAAACGGAAACCUCAACGGAGCUGCUGCUGUCGUUGCCUCUGCUUCACUCUCAUCGUCUUCCUUGUUUCCGUAAUUGUACUCGGCGUAACCGCCGGAGUUCUGUACGCUGUGUAUCGUCCCGAGUCACCGAAAUAUACUAUCUCCAGCAUCGCGAUUAAGAAUUUCAACUUCACGUCAGCGACAUCUACAAUCUCGCCGGGGUUCGACAUUGCCGUCAGAGCUGAAAACCCUAACGAUAAGAUCGGAAUAUACUACAUGAAAGGAAGCUCUGUAACGGUAGUAUAUUCCGGCGUUGACCUCUCCACCGGGGUGUUGCCGGCGUUUUUUCAGCCGGCGAACAAUGUAACGGUUUUUAAAACGGCGUUAAAGGGUUCGAAGGUUAUGCUUGGAAGCGCCGUUAAGUCGACGUUGAUGAAUGAACAGAGGAAAAGGAAAGUGCCGUUUAGGGUGAAUAUUAAAGCGCCCGUUAAGAUUAAGAUUGGAGCUGUUAAGACUUGGGAAAUCACCGUUAAAGUUAACUGUGGUGUAACGGUGGAUGCUUUGACUGUUAAGUCCAAGCUGGUUUCUAAAGAUUGUGAUUAUAGUGUGAGGCUUUGGUAAAGAGAGAAAUUAUGUUAUGUCCAAGCUGAUUUAAUUUAAUUUAUUUAAAAUAAACUGGAGACUGGAGCACCGGUGCUCCAAACUCCAGUAUAUUAUGCUG